AUGAGCAAGUUACCCUGUUCACCCCCUGUUCCCGCCCUGUCCACCCCCCUGUUCCACUGUUCAGCCCCCACCCCUGUUCCUGCUCCACCCCUGUUCCACUCCCCAGCCUCACCCUGUUCCCACUCCCUGUUCCUGCCACCUGUUCCCACCUGCAGCCUCCCACCUCAGCCCCAGCUCACCCCACCAGCCAAACUUCCUGUUCUGCCCCACCCUGUUCUCCAGCUCCCCAGCCCUGUUCCCUGUUCCCCAUUCUGUUCCCUGUUCCACUCCUGUCUGUUCCACCCACCUGUUCCCACCCAGUUCCACCUGUUCACUCCCACUGUUCCCACCUGUCUGUUCCCAGUUCCACUCUGUCCCUGUCUCCUGUUCCCACCCCAGUUCCACCCUGUUCCCCAGCUCCACCCCCACCCAGCUCCCACCCCUGUUCCUGCCCUGUUCCCUGUUCCUGUUCCCACCCCCUGUUCCCAGUCUCCUGUUCCCCUGUCUGCCUCCACCACCCUGUUCCAGCUCCCACCUCCCUGUUCCUGUUCCCCAUCUGUCUCCACCCCACCUCCUCCCCAGCCCCUGUUCCCACCCCAGCUGCUCCCAGCCUGUUCCUGCUCCCCAGCCUCCCCACUCCACCUCACCUGUCCUGCCCCCACUCCACCAACCCCACCUCACCUCCUGCCCAUCUCAGCUCCCACUCCCAGCCCCAGCCCUCAGCCCCUGUUCCACUCCCAGCCCUCCAGCCCACUGUUCCAGCCUCAGCCCAGCCCCACUCAGCUCCCAUCUGUUCAGCCCCACCCCACCCUGUUCCACCCCACCAGCCCACUCCCUGUUCCCAGCUCCCAGCCCCUGUUCCCACCUGUUCCUGUUCCUGCUCCUGCACCUGUUCCACCAGCCCAGCCCCACCCCCUGUCUGUCCACUCCUGCCCCUGUCUGUUCCCCACUCCCCAGCCCUGUUCCCCACCCAGUUCCCCAGUUCCUCACCCUGUUCUGUCUCAGCCUGUCCUGCACCUGUUCCCACCCAGCCCUGUCUCCUGUUCCUGUGUUCCCACUGUUCCUGUUCCUGCCCCCUGGUUCUGUUCCACUCACCCUGUCUCAGCUCCCUGUUCCAGCCCCACCCUGUUCCCAGUGCUCCCUGUUCCCAGCUCCCGUUCAGCUCCCAGCCCUGUCUCCAGCCUCAGCUCCUGUUCCCACCCCACCACUCCCUGUUCAGCCCCUGUUCCCCACUCCCACCUCCCACCCACCCCACCUGUUCAGCCCUGUUCUGUUCCCACCAGCCCCACCACUCCAGUUCCUGACCUGAAUUCCCCUGUUCCAGCCCCAGCUCCCACCCCCAGCCCCAGCCUGUUCUGCAUCCUGUUCCCACCCAGCCCCACCUCACCCCUGUUCCCACCCCACCAGCCUGUUCCCCAGCCUGUUCCAGCUCCACCUGUUCCACCCUGUCCUGUUCCAGCUCCGUUCCCAGCCCUGUUCCCACCCUGUUCCCCAGCCCCCAACCCCCACUCCACCCCAGCUCCCCGUCCCAACCCUGUCAGUUCCCCUGUUCCCCACCCCUGUUCUCCAGCUCCCUGUUCCCACUCCUGUUCCAGCCCCACCCACCUGUUCCAGCCCCUGCCCACCCCACCCCUGCCCUGCUCCAGCUCCUGUUCCCAGCUCCCUGUUCCCACCAGCUCCAGCCCACCUCACCUCAGCCUCCCACCCACCCUGUUCCUGCUCCCAGCCUCACCCCUGUUCCCAGCCCUGCCCCAGCUCCCAGCUCCAGCUCCCACCUCCCAGCCUCAGCCUCAGCUCACCCCCACUCCACCAGCCUCUCCACCAGCCCAGCCUCCCCACCACCUCAGCCAGCCUCACCAGCCUUUGCCUCAGCCUUAG